CUCAGUCCCCAAAACUCACAUCUAACCACAGAGAUUCAGAGAUAUACACACAUAUACAUACACACACAUAAGAUAUAUAUAUACAGAUACAGUCACUUGCAUAUAUAUAUAUAUAUGGGUUUGCAUGAGAUGGAAACGACAAAACAAGUUGAGGCCAACAAUGGAGAUGAUGAGUACAUAGAUAUGGAGGUGUGUUGCUCUUCUUCUUCUUCUUCUUCUUCUUCUUCUGGGUUUAUAAGCUUCGCCGUGAACUCGCCGCCGCACUGCCGAGAGUUCGAGUUCCAAAUGUGCUCCUCCGCCGCGAUCUCCGGCGAACCCACCACUUCGCCGGCGGACGAGCUCUUCUACAAGGGCCAACUCCUCCCUCUUCACCUCCCUCCCCGCCUCCAAAUGGUCCAGAAGCUCCUCGAAUCCUCCGCCACCGCCGCCGGACCUCCCUCCUCCGCCGCCGCCGGAGAUGCAUCUGUUUCUCCGCUAGCUGUCGUCUCACAAUACGAGUCCCGGAGACUGAGCGGUAGCGAGAUCUUGAUAAACCCAGACGAGAAUUUCUUCGAAAUCUCCAUGGAGCUGAAGAGUUUCGUCGCGAGCGAGAAUCCAAGAAGCAGAUGGAGCAGAAAGACGAAGCAAUCGUCAUUGACUCAGAAGCUCAAGGCCUCAACCGCCUACAUCAGGAGCUUGUUCUUCUCGAGACCCGGCUGCUCCGACUCAGAAAUCGAUCCAAAAUCGAAUCUUGGAGGCUCCAAGCCCUCGAAAUCGUCGAGGAAGAGAAACCCAUUUGCCAAAAUCGAAUCUUUGGACGAAUAUUCCGUAAAUCAGGGCUCUAACAAAAACAUCGGCAAUCACAGGAGAUCGUUCUCGGGUGUGAUUCAGAGGAAGUGUUCGUCGUCUGGCGGUUCUUCGAGUUCGUCGUUGUCGUCUUCGUUUAGCUUCCGAUCGAGCGGGUCGCUGGAUCUGCAGGUUCUGAUGAGAAGCAGCAGCGCGAGUUCAGAGACGGAUAACUCCAUUGAAGGAGCGAUUGCGCAUUGUAAGCAGUCGUUUAGCCCAAGAAAGAGCAAUGCGAGUGAAGCUGAGUUCUGUUCCUCGUGAUCAAGAGAUUUCCAGCAUUUGAAGGAUCUGCCAUUUCUCUGAUUCCAAAAGACAGAAGAAGAAUCACAAAGAAAGGCCCUAGUGAAAAGGGGUCUUUCUUUUCUCUUCUUUUUCUGAAAUGUUCUGAUUUGGGGUUUCGUUUUCUUUGUUGGAGCUUAGUGGGUGAUGGUAAUGGUAAUGUUGAUUCUGCUCGCUAAGAUGCACGAAUUGUAGAGGUGUUUUUAAUGCUUUUA